GCGGGCAGGUAGCACUGCCACAGCCAAGCGGAGACACGAUGCGGCGCUGGUUGCUGGUGGCGACUGUGCCGCUGCUGGUGGUGGUGGUGGUGGUGGUGCGUCGGACCGCGGCAGGCAGCGGGCGCAGGGGCGUGACGCCGCUGGGUCUGGCGCUGGCCACCAGGAGACGCCUGCCGCCCCCGCCGCCCGCGGCGCGCGCAGCCACGGGGGAGGCGCUCUGGUUUACGCAGCGCCUCGACCACUUCAACGCCUCCAACAACGACACUUGGACGCAGCGGUUCUUCCGUAACUCGGCACACCACGAGGCGGGGGGCCCGGUGCUGCUAUACGUGGGGGCGGAAACGGAGGCCAACGUGGCGUGGGUGGAGGCUGGCUUCAUGGCGUCGCUGUGCGCCCGGCUGCGCGGCCUCUGCCUCGAGCUGGAGCACCGCUUCUACGGGCAGAGCCGACCCACUCGGGACCUGUCCACGGAAAACAUGCGGUUCCUGAGUGUGGAGCAGGCGCUGGCGGACCUCGCCAACUUCAUCCGGCAGUACCGCCAGGAGCACGGCGACACGCUGGUCGUGCCGUGGGUGGUGUUCGGCGGCUCGUACGCCGGCAACCUGGCCGCCUGGGCGCGCCUCCGCUACCCACACCUGGUGGACGCCGCCGUCGCCUCCAGCGCGCCCGUCCUCGCCAACCUCACCUUUCCAGGUUACCUGGAGGUCGUAGGGGAGGUGAUCGGCGCCAACGACGCCGCUUGCCUGGAGGACAUCCGCGCUGCGGCAGCUGAGCUCGAGGACCGCCUGCAGACAGAGGCAGACAACGCCGUCAUCAGCAAGUUCUUUAGACUGUGCACGCCCCUGAACGCCAGCAACACGGAGGACGUGGCCUCAGUGGAGGACGUCCUGGAAGUUCCCUUCGCGAACGCAGUGCAGUCGUCGUCCAACAAGGUGGGCGACGGCGUCAGGCGGCUGUGCGCCGCGGCGCGCAGCUCUCCAGGAGAGACGGCGCUGCAGCGCCACGCGGCGCUCGCCGUCGCUGACUUCGGCGCCGACGCUCGCGGCUCCUGUCUCAACGCCACCUACGUCGCCACCAUCGCCGACCUGCGCCGCACAAACUACUCUUCCUCCAGCUCAAGACAGUGGCUAUACCAGACGUGUACAGAAUUUGGCUACUUCGUGACGACGGAUUCUGAUAAACAGCCAUUCGGCCACAGAAUAGGCGUCUCCUUCAGUGGGGGUAUCUGUGAAGCCGUAUUUGGACCAGAGUUUACGCUGGAACGCACCAGCCACGGGGUAUCGGCAACUAACACUCACUUCGGUGGUCGCUCCCCCAACGUAAGUCACGUGGUUUUCGUCAACGGUGCACUGGACCCCUGGCACCGCCUCAGCGUGACACACGAUCUCUCAGAUACCGCUCGUGCUGUCGUCAUUCCGGAAAUGGUCUGGUACGUGGGACACAUAGGGUUGUCGCCUUGGCAGGCAGGCUGAAAUCGUGUGUGUGUUCGGCAUGUUUUUCCCCCUCGCUUCCAGUCUGAUCAUCUUCAAAAUUGUUUGGCAGUUGCUUUCUACUCAUUUGUUCCAAAGUACCACCAAGUGUAAGACAGACUUCCAUCCUUAACUUAAUAGUAUGCUUAUGGUGGUGACUGACUGUGAUCCUUUUGCAAUCAGAUCUAAUUAUUAUUUUUAAAAUGCUGUUUGUUAUAUCAAUUGAUGAUCCAAUCGCAUAGUUUUUCUAAGUUUGGUGAAGG